UCUCUCCUUCCACCUUUGGCACCAAGUUUUCCCUUUUCUGGUUUCUCCCUCUCUGUUGCCCUAGUUUUGCACCACCACCUUCAUCGGGCAACCAAGAUGUACAGACACAUACAUUCCCCGUAGCACCUUUGUUCCUCAAAAGUCACUGUUCUGCAAAAGUUGCAUCGUUUCAGAAAUGGGUGCAUAAACAGCGUCAACAAAACCACUCUAGGUUUAGGGUUUAUAACCACGCAAACAUGGAAAAGGAGAACCCUUCUUUGGGUCCAUUCUUCAAGAAAUCUCUAUCUGCUCCCUCUGGUGACACCCUCACUCUAAUCAUCAAUCGGCAGGGUGAAAGCACCAUGAAAACCCCUUGGCAAGUGUUGGAUGAACUGCGUGAUGAAAGUAGUGAUGACGGUGAAAAUGACGUUGGUGGUGGGAGUGGUAAUCACAGAAGAGGGAAGAGUGGUGUUGGUGGUGGAAGUGGUGACCAUAAUAACAAUGGAGUUCGUGGCCGGAUUGGUGGUGAGAAUGGUAAUGGUGGUGAGAAUGGUAAUGGGAUUCCUCCUGUGGCUGUGGCGGUGGCUGUGGCAGUGGGUGGUGGUGGUGGUAAGGUGGAGCUGGUGGAGAGUGGUGUUGUGAAGGAGGGAGUGAUGGGGAAAAAGAGAAAGACUUCUAUAGUGAGGGACCCUCCCUCUGGGAAACCUACUUGUCCUCUUUGCCUCAAACAGUUUCCAACAUGGAAGGGUGCGUUUGGCCACAUGCGGGCACACCCUGAUCGUGAUUAUCGUGGUUUCUUCAAACCUCCUGUGUUUGGAUCCCCAUCCUCAACCCAACACCAUACCCUUAACAAGGGUAACACCUCACAGAGUGGUGAUGGUGAAAACAAGAGUACUGGUGAGGUUAACCGUGGAGAGAAAGGGUCAACAUCGCUGCCUAUUCAAGUGCUGAUGUUUGAUCUGAAUGAACCAGCAACUGCAGUGGAGAAUGCUGGUGAGGCUGUUACAGAAAAGAGUGCUGAGAAUGGAAAGAUUUUUGGAUUUGACUUGAAUGCUGAGGGAACUGUUUUUGGAUUUGACUUGAACGAGAUGCCCUUGGCUGAAGAAUGAGGGAUGAAGAUCGGCAAUUAUCUAUGUAAUACCUAAAAAUUGUCGGGCUAUUUCAAUAAAAUGAUGGUGGUCGUUUUGGUUUGUUGUAAGUACUAUAAUGCUGCUGGUUAAUAUUAUUGUCUCUGUUGUUUUCAUUUUAAGGGUUUUGAGGAGCAGUGCCUCAGAAAAAAAUUAUGCCCUAAUUAGAAGUUUGGGAUACAUGUAGUUGAAUGCUGUUGAUUCAGCUUCAUAUAUACCUUACAAGCGGAUAUGUUAUACAUGUAUA